AUGAGCAGUGCUGGCUGCUUAUCCCAGGAAGAAUUUCUUGCUCUUCAAGAACAGUUGUUAACUCUGAGAAAUCAAAACUACGAACUACAAGAUAGUUUAAGAAAGUUAAAAGCUGAAAGCACAAACAACUCUCCAAAAAAUGAGGCAAUUUUGUUUGCUUCAAAGUUAAUCAAUCGCAACAAAGAUAAAGAAGUUCAGCAACAGAAGUAUGAAGCUGAAAUAGAAUCGCUUAGGAAAAAGUUGGAAACACAGGAAGAGGAGUUCCGUUUACAACAACAAACUCUAUUCUCUGAAUUGAAACAGCUCUCCUCUGAAAAUGCUGAAUUCAAAGAUUUGAUAGAACAUCCUACAAGUGAUGACGUAUCUUCUAAAGCCCAACUUCUCAAAGUUGAAAAUGAAAUCAAAGAUAUUCAACAAAGAUAUGAACAAACUAAUGACCAACUGAACGGUUGUAAGAAAGAGAUUGUUGAGAAGGAAACUUUGAUAAGAGCGUUGGAAGAUCAACUAUUAGAAUACAAAGAGAAGAAAUCAACGGCUUUACGGAAACUAGAGGAACAUGAGUUAUUGUUGGCAUCUCUACAGGAAGAGCUCAGCUCAAGGGAUGUGAAGGAAGCUACAUUUAACUCUGAAAUCUUAUGUUGGAAAUCCAAGUUGGAAGAGGCUAAAGCCGAAAGCAACACCACUAAAAGUGGGAUGACUCAUAUCGAAAACGAGAAAGAGGAGUUGAAAAAACAACUAGAAGAAUUGAAAAAAAAUGAAGAAGUUCUGAAACUCAGAAAUGCGGAAGUCAAUGAUGAACUGAUUCAAGCUAGAACUGUUCUGAAAAAUGUUGAAAACAAACAGAACGAGCUGAAAUCGAUAAUAGCUGCAAAGGAUAGUGACAUGGAGGAUCUGCGGAUGAAACUGUUGAGCAUGGAAGAGGAAAAACACAAACAGCAACUCUUGUUGAAGAAGGAACUCGAUGAACAGAGACAGAAAGUGGAAAAUGAGUAUCGAAAUAAAUUGGACGAUGCCAAAAAUGAGCUGGACGGUUUAAAGUUACAGGAAGAGAGACUCACGACUGAAAUGAAAAAUUUGGAAUCCGACGCUCGAAAAGAUAUGGAUGAGAAAAUGCUGCUUCUUGAAACCCGUUAUCAAUUGGAAAUUUCUGAUCAGAGAAAACAGUUUGAAUUGGAAAUAGAGCAGCUUACUCAUAAACUUCUCAACUUGGAGGAAAUACUGAAAGGGAAAGAUGAAGAGAAGAGUCUUGCUUUGAAAAAGCAAUCAGCUCUACUAAAGGAACUGCAACGUGCUCUUAAAGAGGAAAAAAAGAGAUCUGAUUCACUAGAAAAAGGAAAAGGUGAAAGGGAUGGGUGGCAAGUCGUAGAUUCAGACCAACGCAGCAAUCAUACGUUUGAUGGCAAUGAAAGUGUUUCUUCUGUCAGCGCUUUAGAAUCUGAUAACGCGGAAUUGAUUAAUAGAUUAACAUCUAUGCAUAGAGUUUACUCAGAUUCAACAGAGAAGGUUAUUCUGCUGGAGAGUGAAAACGCUAGGUUACAGCGAGAGAUCACAGAAAAGAAUGAGCUGAUUGAGCACUGGAUAAAGAACAAACCAAUUUCCAUACCCAAUGCCAGUAAUCAAAAACAGGAAGGAGUUUUUCGUAAACUGUUGACAUCUCUACCAGUAAAUGAUUCAGCUAAUGAUAUGAAGGAGAUGAACAAGAAACUGCAAAGAAUGCUAGAAGAAACGUUAUCGAAAAACAUAAUUCUACAAAGGGAUCUUCAAACCUUGUUGGAGAGGACUGAAAUGUGA